GACGGUGUAAUAUUAUAUAGUAUUUUUUUCGGUAAUGAUAUUCAAACGACUACUCCGAGCAGCAGCAGCAAAAAGGCACUUUUCUACUGAUGUAAAGUAUGUCCAAGGACAGUCACCGGCUCCAAAAAUACGCGAGUAUUUUUAUUACAUCGAUCAUGAAGGAAUGCUUUUCCUGGACGAUGCACGGAUAAAAAAUUUUACUUCCUGCUUCAAGGAGAAGAAGUUCCUGGAAUUUUUCUUCCAACGGCUACGUAUGAACGAUGGCGACCGCUACCGGGAACACUUUCCCUUCAUAUCGCCAUGUGGUCGCGAGCGAAACUACGUACGCUGUGAUGAUGUUCCAAUCGUUUUCACUCACAUUUACAACGACGCAGACGGUGCCGAACGGUUGGCUUUUGCCCACGCGAGUGAACUUCUGAGUGUACCUUGGGAACCCAACCGGAUAUGUAUGUUUCCUUUGAGUGGGCGGGUUUACCAUCCGGCGCCGGAGCGUUACGGCUCGGUAGGCUUGAUUCGUUCUAAACUGGCAAUCGAGCUGAGUAAGCAUUUCACGUUUCUGCACGGCGAAGAUUUACCGCCAACGCAUUUCACAUGGAACAAAAUUGAAUACGAACUCGACAGGAAAUGGUGGAAGGAUACUUAUAUCAACCAAAGAGGUGAAUCGUUGGAAUGAAGAAGACAUGCUUUUUUAUAGUAAUAAAAGAAAUGUGAUAUAUUA